AUGGGACUUUUUAGCAAAGUGUCUCUUUCGAGGCCCCACGAUGAACCUGGAAAAGCGUGGCCAGCCAUCGCCGUGGGCUUCUUCGUUGCCUUCGGUGGUGUUCUCUUUGGCUAUGAUACUGGCACCAUUAGCGGUAUCCUCGCUAUGCCUUACUGGCAGCGCGAGUUCAGCACUGGUUAUAUUGAUGCUGAUGGAAACCCCAACGUCACUUCGUCUCAAGAAUCAGCUAUCGUGUCUAUUCUCUCUGCGGGCACAUUUUUUGGUGCCCUUGCCUCGCCUCUCUUGUCUGAUUGGCUUGGUCGCCGCCCUGGUUUGAUGAUCUCGACUUGGGUCUUUAACCUUGGAGUCGUUUUGCAUACUGUCGCGACGGAUAUUCCGUUGUUCCUGGCAGGCCGAUUUUUUGCUGGCUUCGGUGUUGGCCUUAUCUCUGCUACUACCCCUAAAUGGAUCCGUGGUGCUAUCGUUGGCUCCUACCAGUGGGCCAUUACCAUUGGUCUUCUUCUCGCCGCCGUUGUAAACAACGCAACUUCGAAACGGGAUGAUUCAGGCUCCUACCGAAUCCCUAUUGCGAUGCAACUUGCUUGGUCUCUUAUCCUCUUUAGCGGACUAUUGUUUCUUCCAGAGACUCCACGUUUCCUUGUGAAGAAGAGUCAGUUGGACAAGGCGGCAAAGUCCCUUAGCCGCCUUCGAAGAUUGCCUGCCGACUCCCCAGAAGUUGCACACGAACUCAAUGAGGUUGUAGCAAACCACGAAUUCGAGAUGAGUCUUGGGGAGUCCUCCUAUCUCCAAUGCUUCAAGCCUCCCAUGCUCAAGAGACAGCUCACGGGUAUGGGUGUUCAGGCGCUACAGCAGCUUACAGGCAUCAACUUCAUCUUCUAUUACGGCACCAAAUACUUUCAAAAUUCGGGUGUGUCUAGUGGCUUUGUCAUCUCGAUGAUCACUUCAGCUAUCAACGUUGCAUCGACAGUGCCUGGCAUGUAUGCAAUUGAUAAAUGGGGACGCCGACCCAUGCUGUUAUGGGGCGCCGUUGGCAUGACUAUCUCUCAACUGAUUGUUGCUGUCUGCGGCACUCUGUCUACCGGUCAGUACGACAACGGCGAGAUUUUUAUCAAGAAUCUCGGCGGGCAGCGAGCGGCUGUGGCCUUUGUUUGCAUUUAUAUCUCCACCUUUGCAGCUACUUGGGGUCCCCUCGUUUGGGUGGUGACAGGAGAGAUCUUCCCGCUUAAGACACGAGCCAAAUCCCUCAGCAUCACGACUGCUACAAACUGGCUACUUAACUGGGCUCUGGCCUAUUCUACGCCAUAUAUGGUUAAUUAUGGCGAUGGAAACGCAAACCUGCAGUCUAAGAUCUUUUUUGUUUGGUUCGGUUGCUGCUUCCUAUGCAUUGCAUUUGUUUGGUUCUUUAUCUAUGAGACGAAGGGGCUCACUUUGGAGCAAGUUGAUCAGCUUUACGAAGAAGUCAGCGUCGCUCGUAAGUCGGUUCACUGGGUCCCGUCUUCGUCCUGGGAAAGUCGUCAGGGCCACAAUGUGAAGAAUGAGGAGGAUGCAGAGGUAGAGGAAGUUGGCAACUGA